UCAACUACCCACCAGCUUGACAUUUUCCCUCACUUUCCCACCUCAUAGAAAACUCACAGAAGCUUUGUUUCUCUUUCAUCUCUAUUGGGUAGAAUUGGUAUUUAGAAACAGAAAGAGAGAGAGAGAGAGAGAGAGAGAGAGAGAAAGAGAGAGGGGUGAGGGGGAGAUUUGGAGGUGAAGAGAUGAAGAGGCUAAAGAGCUAUUACAUGCAUCUGAGACACCAUCAAAGCAUGGAGAGAAAGUGGAUCUUCCCAUUAGCUAUCGGUUCCAUAGUUUCACUUUUUCUUCUAUUCCUCACGACGCUAACCUCACCCGAUGGUACGCCUCUUCUUCCGUUCUACCGCUCCAUUCCGACAUCGAAUUCCGUUUUCGUUGAAUCGAAGCUGCACCCAGUUCCCAUUUCUUAUCUCCCUCCGCCUCCUCGUUUCGCUUACCUCAUAUCUGGUUCCAAUGGCGAUGGAAAGAUGCUCAAGCGCACCCUUCAGGCUCUCUAUCAUCCCCGUAACCGCUAUGUCGUGCACUUGGACCUCGAAUCGCCUCCCGAAGAGCGAUUGGAUCUGCAGAAUUACGUUAAGGACCACCCCACUUUUGUCAAAUUUGGUAACGUGAAGAUGAUCACCAAGGCCAAUCUCGUCACUUAUCGGGGACCGACUAUGGUGGCUAAUACGCUUCAUGCCGCUGCGAUCUUGUUGAGGGAAGACGGCGAUUGGGAUUGGUUUAUCAAUCUCAGUGCCUCGGAUUACCCUCUUGUUACUCAGGAUGAUCUGCUACAUACGUUUUCGUACUUGCCGCGUGAUCUCAAUUUCAUCGACCAUACCAGUAAUAUUGGCUGGAAAGAGUACCAACGGGCAAAACCGAUAAUUAUAGAUCCGGGGUUGUAUAUGACAAAGAAACAAGAUGUUUUCUGGAUUACACAGAGGAGAAGUGUGCCGACCGCCUUCAAGCUUUUUACAGGUUCCGCUUGGAUGGUGCUUUCUAGGCCUUUCAUUGAUUACUGCAUAUGGGGAUGGGAUAACCUACCGCGAACUGUUCUCAUGUACUAUUCCAACUUUAUAUCAUCCCCAGAAGGAUACUUUCACACGGUCAUUUGUAAUGCUCAAGAGUUCCGCAACACAACUGUGAAUUCUGACCUCCACUUUAUAUCAUGGGAUAACCCUCCAAAGCAGCAUCCCCACCAUCUUGACCUUGCUGACAUGCGAAAGAUGGUUGACAGUAAUGCUCCUUUUGCAAGGAAGUUCCUGCAAGACAAUCCAGUGCUUGACAAAAUUGAUUCCACGCUCUUGAAUAAGGGUCCAGGCAUGCUUGUUCCUGGUGGUUGGUGCAUAGGAAGUAAGGAAAAUGGAACUGAUCCGUGCUCUGUUAUUGGUAAUACCACAGUCCUCAGACCUGGCCCUGGAGCAAAAAGGCUGGAAGUUUUAAUCAGCUCUCUAUUGUCAAGUGAGAAUUUUCGACCAAGACAGUGCAAAUAACAAGGUCCCCGAACUUUUUUAGGAAGUGAUUCUUGUGCAAAUUGAGUUAGUUUUACUUAAAGAUGGAAGCAGGCACGAUAUUACAGUGAUAAAGAAAAUGGCGAAAGUAAUUAAGACACAUCUCUGCUUUACAGAUUGCCAAGGAUGAGAUGGAUUUGGCAGAAUGAUAUGGAUUACAUAUAGCGCUGUGACUGAUUCCUACUGUGAUGACAUGGUAUGCGAGCACGAACUGAUCACUAGGGUAGCACACAUUUUCACCUUUUGUAUUUUGGAAAACCUUUGAAACUGUAUUUACCAUGGUCCAGCCAGUUUUCAUGCAGUAGUAAGUUUUGUUGUGGACCAAAUGAUGUUUUGUAAGAAUUAAUGGGAAAAAUGAGUGUCUGGAAGAAAAAAAAUUAAAGAAAACGAAUCAUCCUUGCGUGAUUCUAUCUUUAAUUCAGGAAUGGUUUCCAUCAUAUUGAAAGGGAAAUUUGGUGUUUGCUAAACAUGUUUAGUAGGCACAUAUAAUAAUUAUCCAUGCA